CCCCCUCGUGCUCUCUCUCUCUCUCUCUCUCGCUCCCGAACCUUCCGAAGUCCAAACCCUAGCGAGCUCCGUUCGGCCUCCCUCCCAAACCCCAGAUCUCACCAUCCCACGCCAUGGACGACGACUUCGACAUCCCCGCGGGCGACGACAUGAUGAUGGGAGACGGGACGGGUGACUUCGGCGGCGCCGAUGGGCCGGGGAUGAAGGUGGGCGAGGAGAAGGAGAUCGGGAAGCAGGGGCUCAAGAAGAAGCUGCUCAAGGAGGGCGAAGGGUGGGACACCCCCGAGGUCGGCGACGAGGUCGAAGUCCAUUACACUGGCACCCUCCUUGAUGGUAAAAAGUUUGACUCCAGCCGUGAUCGUGAUGACACAUUCAAGUUCAAGCUGGGACAAGGUCAAGUAAUAAAGGGAUGGGAUGAAGGCAUCAAGACCAUGAAGAAAGGGGAAAAUGCCCUUUUCACCAUUCCUCCUGAAUUGGCUUAUGGUGAAUCUGGUUCACCUCCAACUAUUCCGGCCAAUGCCACGCUGCAGUUCGAUGUUGAGCUGCUUUCUUGGACCAGUGUCAGGGACAUUUGCAAAGAUGGUGGCAUAUUCAAGAAGAUAUUGAAGGAGGGAGAUAAAUGGGAGACCCCAAAGGAUCCUGAUGAAGUCUUUGUCAAAUAUGAGGCCCGGCUCGAGGAUGGUACUGUUGUGUCCAAGUCUGAGGGGGUUGAAUUUACUGUUAAAGAUGGACACCUCUGCCCUGCAUUGGCGAAAGCUGUUAAAACCAUGAAAAAAGGAGAGAAGGUGCUCCUCGCGGUCAAGCCACAGUAUGGAUUUGGUGAGAUGGGUAGACCAGCAGCUGGCGAGGGAGGUGCUGUGCCACCAAAUGCUAGUCUUAUUAUUGACCUUGAGCUGGUUUCAUGGAAGACUGUCACAGAAAUAGGGGAUGAUAAGAAGAUCCUCAAAAAAGUUCUCAAGGAGGGCGAAGGAUAUGAACGUCCCAAUGAGGGUGCAGUUGUUACAGUCAAAAUAACUGGAAAACUUCAAGAUGGCACAGUCUUCUUAAAGAAGGGGCAUGAUGAACAAGAGCCAUUUGAAUUUAAGACUGAUGAAGAUGCGGUUAUUGAGGGUCUUGAUCGUGCUGUGCUAAACAUGAAGAAGGGCGAGGUUGCUCUUGUCACUAUUCCCCCUGAAUAUGCUUAUGGCUCGACGGAGUCAAAGCAGGAUGCUAUAGUUCCACCUAACAGUACUGUGAUUUACGAAGUGGAGCUUGUAUCAUUUGUAAAGGAUAAGGAGUCUUGGGACAUGGACAACUCAGAGAAGAUUGAGGCCGCUGGGACCAAGAAAGAAGAGGGGAAUGCCUUGUUCAAAUUGGGCAAAUAUGCCAGAGCUUCCAAGCGGUAUGAGAAGGCUGCAAAGAUCAUUGAGUAUGACACUUCGUUCAGUGAGGAUGAGAAAAAGCAAUCCAAGCAACUGAAGAUCACCUGCAACUUAAACAAUGCUGCCUGCAAGCUGAAGCUGAAAGACUAUAAGCAAGCCGAAAAGCUUUGCACCAAGGUUCUGGAACUGGACAGCCGAAAUGUCAAGGCUUUGUACAGAAGGUCUCAAGCCUACACUCAGCUUGCGGACCUAGAGUUAGCAGAGGUUGACAUUAAGAAGGCACUGGAAAUCGAUCCUGAAAACAGGGAUGUGAAGUUGACAUACAAGACCCUGAAGGAAAAGAUCAAAGAAAUCAACAAGAAGGACGCCAAAUUCUACAGCAAUAUGUUUUCUAAGAUGACCAGGCCUUCAGCAGAAGAAAGCCAGAAAGCUUGAACUGGAGCAAUACCCAAAGCAAGGAUCGGAGUCCCGGAGUGUGCUGAAGGAAGGGCCAGCUUGUCUGCUUAGCUCUGGUUGGUUAGAAGACCCAUAUGCUUGGGAGUUGCUAAAAACUAGAGAAAUUUCAGUUGAGGGUGCCAGGCGAUAAUUUUUCUUGUUUAAAAGUUCAUGUUUAGACCUUGCAUAUUAUAGUUUGUGCGUUCCGGGCAA